AUCGAGAAUUUACAGAUAAACUUUUAUUUAAUAUACUUUUACCGUGAACCAUAAUACAUAUUUCAUUUGUGAUAAUAAUGUGAUGUUCUACCCCUAAAAGGCCAUAAAAUGUAAUGUGACGCUAAACUAUUAACAGUGAAUAAUUAUUUUUCAAGUAAUCAUUUUAUUAGGGAUUUUAAAAAACGGCAUCCUCAGAUAAGCAACUUACGAGGAUGGCCGAUACUGAUGAAUUGGAGAAUAUGGUAUUAAGUUUUCGGGUCUCUGAGCUUCAGAUGCUUUUAGGUUUUGCUGGUAGAAAUAAGUCUGGACGCAAAAACGAAUUGCAAACACGUGCGUUAGAACUUUUGAGACUUAGAUCUCACCCUGUGCAACUGAAAAUUCGAGAAUUAUACAAAACAAUACAAGCUGAUCAACUUGCAGCUCAUCAAAUGUAUGGACAAUCUGGGGCUGGUAAUGAACCAUCGAUCGAUCAAAACUUACAUCAAAGAUCGGACGAUUCAAGACAACCUCAUACCCGAGCGUGGCCUCGAACGCAAUCAAGGUCAAGUCAACAGCAACCAUCACCUACAUCCCUUUCAUCUAAAGAGCUACCCCCAGCUCAUCAAGCUUCGAUGCCACAAUCGCAAGUUACUAGAUCUGCGGCAGCAUAUCAACCCACAACAUAUAAUAAUGUAACAGCACAGCGUUCUAAUACAAGUGUAUAUCAACCGUAUCCCUAUCCAUCAAAAGUACUUCCACCUACACUACAAAUUCAACAAUCCAGCCAAUAUCCUAUUCAUCCAGAUGUUAGACUGAAAAAGCUACCAUUCUAUGAUUUAUUAGGAGAGCUAUUAAAACCUUCAAGUUUAAUGCCACAAGGCUCGAUAAGAAUUCAAGAAAAUACAUUCCUUUUCCAUUUGACUCCACAACAAGCCAAUGAUAUUGCCAAUUCAAGAGAUUGUCGAGCCGGUAGCAGAAUGGAUUACACAGUUCAAGUACAAAUGCGAUUUUGCUUACAAGAAACUUCAUGUGAGCAAGAAGACUACUUUCCACCAGGCGUUGGUGUUAAAGUUAAUGGCAAACUCUGCCCAUUACCGAAUCCAAUACCUACAAACAAAUCAGGAGUUGAGCCUAAACGUCCACCCCGCCCGGUUAACAUAAGUCCACUAGUGAAAUUAUCACCUACUGUCGGAAACCAAAUUCAAAUAACUUGGUCAGCUGAUUAUGGAAGAAGAUAUGCAGUGGCUGUUUAUCUUGUCCGAAAAUUGACCAGUUCAGAAUUAUUAAACCGAUUAAAGACCAAAGGAGCUCGACAUUCUGAUUAUACUCGAGGACUAAUUAAAGAGAAAUUGAAUGAAGAUGCAGACAGUGAAAUUGCAACAACUUCUUUGCGUGUUUCACUUGCCUGUCCUCUUGGAAAAAUGAGAAUGAGCACGCCCUGUCGUUCUUCUACUUGUUCACAUCUACAAUGUUUUGAUGCAUCAUUAUUCUUACAAAUGAAUGAACGUAAACCAACGUGGAACUGCCCAGUUUGUGACAAACCUGCACUCUAUGAUCAUCUUGUUAUUGAUGGAUAUUUCCAAGAAGUUCUAUUAUCUAAUAAAUUAUUGGCUGACGUCAAUGAAAUACAAUUGUUACAAGAUGGGUCAUGGGAAAAUCUUGUAUCUAAAAAGGAUCGAGAUAAAGAAAAGAGUGAUAAGUCUGACACUAAGUCUCGUCCAAAAAUUGAUGUAGAUACAGUCGAUUUAGAUGAAGGAAAUGUGGCUUCGACGCCCGAAAAGAAAAGUGCUCCAGUAAUCGAUUUGAUUUCAAGUGACGAAGAUGAUGACGACAAUGAUUAUAAAGCCUCUAGUAAGAAAGGUGCUACUCUUUUACCUAAAAAAAGUCAAUCAAAUCACAGUGCGAUUAGUAGUACCAGUGAAUCUCCAGAACUUAUGAUUAUUGAUUUAGAGUAACGUUAAUUUUUUUAAAACGGUAACUUUUUUAUCAAAUUUGAUUAAUGUAUCUUUGUAAAAUGGAUUGUCAGCUACAAUUCAAAUAAAUACUUUUAUGUUUGUAAUUAUUUAAUCAUUAAAGUAUCAUUACAAAGAAACGUUAUUUUUUAUUUUUCAAACGUAUUUUUAUUUUAUUUUAAUGAAUAAAAUGUCCACGUGACUAUCAUUAUUGUAUAAUUCAUUUCAGAAAUCAUUUCCAAACUAAAAGAAUAAAAAUUCAAUUAAACUACUUAUUUUCGAUAAUUCGUCAAUAUACUUUACUUUAAACAACGUUAAUUUAAGUGAACUUGCAAAUUAUUUGCGUACUAUGAAUAAUAUGCAAUAAUAUUUUAAUGAAAUAUUGGCAAUGAGCCAUUGCCAUUCAUAUGUAUCAUGGUUUUGAUUAAAAAUAAAUUUUAUAAGACAAAACGUAUCGUAUAACAA